AUGGAGGACUGCGUGUGGUCGGAUGCAUCCGUCACGAAGCCGGAGAAGGCGUUGAAGUACCGUUUAGCGAUCAUGCGUUACGUCCACCUGGGGAUCAUCUUCUGCUUUCAAACUCUGAGCACCCGAGCGGAGAGGCACUUUGGGGAGCUGCAGAACCUCCUCGACGAGCAAUGCCCCUCGUGCAGAUGCGAAGAGGGAAAGGCACCGCAUCCGGGCACUCGUUGCCGCAGCGACGAAUCGGGCUACAUCCCGCGCAUGCUGACGAGCGAGGAGAAGACGAAACUCGAGCUCCUAUGCAGCAUUUACGGGAGCGACAGACCACCCUAUUGGGUCCCGAUGGUGUGGGCGUGUCGCGUGGCGGAGGAGGCCAGGAGGGAAGGGCUCGUGGACACGAACCUGGGGCUUCAGAGCAUCAUCUCGGAGAUCCGUGGCGUCCGAACUCGACUCGGACAGUGCCGGGACAUCGAUAAUGUCAAUAUUCCCCUCGUCUACACCCAGGUGGUGACUAUAGCAUGUUACACGUGGUGGUUCCUGUCUCUGAUGGCGAGCCAGUUCAUAGAGCAGGACGGACUGGACAUUUAUUUCCCGGUUUUUCCGGUCAUGCAGCUGGUGUUCUUCAUGGGCUGGCUCAAGGUGGCCGAGAUGCUCAUCAACCCGUUCGGCGAGGACGAGGACGAUUUCGACGUCCAUUUCAUCAUCGAACGGAACAUCAAGAUGGCGGACUUGAUCGUUCGGGAAGUGGUGGCGAAUCUCCCGGACAUAAAGGCAUUCCACGAUGCUCCUGUCGAAGCAAUCAUCGACGAAUCUCAUAAAUAUGAAGCCUUGCCGAAUGGAUUCCUGAACCCUCCGCACACGCGAGUGCGUCUUCCAUCCGUUGAGUACCGACCCGAAUCCCAUCGCCAAGCGACCCAUGACAUUCGCGGGAGGACGUACGAAAAGUUUGUCUCCGUGCAACACAGAGACUCCAGCCCCUGGAUUCCGCGAACCGACGCAAGCGACGUCUCCGCGUGAUUCCUUUUUUAAUUAUUAUUAAUGUUAUCCGUUCUUCCCUCGUGUCGCUCGUGUUGUUGUUGAGACCCCGGAGGACCUUCAUAUCGAAGAAAAUCGGUCUGGGACCA